AAGCAAUGUAUAGGACGUGCUAGUUUUGCUGCCAGGCGUGAGCAAGCUAUUUUUAGCAACCUUUUUCUUGCAAAGCAGGAGUGGGAGAGCUGUGAAGUGGUAGAGAGACACAGAAAUGUAGUGACAGAAAAGGGAAAAGCCAAGGAAAAAACAUUGGAAAAUACAAAGCAACAAAGCUGCCUCCAUUUCAAGAACGCUGCCUUCAUCCCUACUCCUCGGUGAGUGUCUCCUUACAACUGUACUGGAUGAAAAUACAUCUUUGACCGGCAGGGCAGAACUCUUCAGAAGACCAUGGAUUUUGUUAUGAAACAAGCUUUAGGGGGGGCAACAAAGGAUAUGGGGAAAAUGCUUGGAGGUGAAGAGGAGAAAGAUCCAGAUGCCCAGAAGAAAGAAGAAGAAAGACAGGAAGCUUUGCGUCAACAAGAGGAGGAGAGGAAGGCCAAGCAUGCCAGGAUGGAAGCAGAAAGAGAGAAAGUCCGGCAACAAAUAAGAGACAAGUAUGGCUUGAAAAAGAAAGAGGAAAAAGAAGCUGAAGAGAAGGCAGCUAUGGAACAACCCUGUGAAGGUAGUUUGACUCGUCCAAAGAAAGCCAUUCCAGCAGGUUGUGGUGAUGAUGAUGAAGAGGAAGAAGAAAGCAUUUUGGAUACUGUACUCAAGUACCUCCCAGGUCCUCUACAGGACAUGUUUAAAAAGUAACUGUGGCCAACGAAGUAGACUUCUUCUCUAGCCAAACAUAUUUUCAGCUACAAAAACUAGACCAUCUAUGGACUUCUUGACCUCAAAAGCACACAACUGGAUGACACAAAUACAAUUUAAAAAUACAUAAGUAUAACACAAAACCUUUACUGACAGACAUAACCACAGUUGCAGAUGCAUAGACACAAUUGCAUACAUAUGUACAUUCCGGAGAACACAAACCUCAACUUCUAAUUUCCCUUUUAUGAACUUGGGUCCUAAGCCUCACACUACGUUACCUGGACUAAACCUAUCACCGCUGCUUGGUUUCAGCAGAGGCAACAUUUACAAGACCUGCCCGUUUCGGGGUUCUCUUUGCUGAGCAGCUGUAAUCCUUGGAUGAGUAGAUAGGGAUAUUGUUUGUGCCCUAUACAUGUUUACUAAACAACAAAACAAGGUUCCAGUGCUCAAUGAUUAACUGAAGGCUUGUCAUAGUCUUACAAGGGUUAACAGUAUGUGUAAAUAGGAGCUCCUCUCCCAUAACGGUAUAAGGAGAUGUAAAGUGACAGAGUUCAUAUGCAGAUUUCAAGUCCACAAUGUGAAUUUUGUCACACACUGCGUGACAUCUGGGAGCUUGGAAUAUGUCAUGAGAUGCAUGUGGAGAAACCCUAGCGUGUUUCCAUCUGUUCUGUAUAUUGUUUUCUUGUCCCUCUUCCUUCUCGCCUUCCCUUAUCUCUCCUUGCUAAUGGGACCUGCAGCGUUUAGCUUCUAUGAUUCAGAAUUCCUGAUCCACCACCAUCCUUUUCCCCGGCAUUGUGGAGAGUUCUCCAUGAAAUGAAGCUACAGUGCUGUCUAGAAGUCCGAUUUACCCUGCAGGUCUCUUAGCAAUAAUUUUCUAAAAAGGGAACAAGGGUCUGGAGCUUGGUGUGGAUCCUCACAUGGACGCUGACUAGGAUCCGUAGACUUCUUUUCUAGAUUUCUAUGACUGUAAUGCUGACUGCAUGCUUAGGAGAAUACAAGUGUUUGAUGCCUUUUUGAACUUGCAAGCACUGUCUGUCUUAGUCCUGUGCCUAUCACUGUAUUUCUUGUUUACAUUAAUACCAUGAGGACCAGAGUAGAGCUGUGAAUCUAACAUGUAUACCGUACUGUGCAGCCGCUCACUUCUUUAUUUUUUUACUGUGGGAGAUCUUGUUUUCUGUAAUGAAACCAAAGUGAUUUUCUCUUUAAAAGUUUAUAUUUGUCUUUGUCAGUCAAUGUUUGUGUCCAACAUUCCGAAGACACGAAGGCAUAAUUCCUCUUCCCUUUCGUUAUAGGGCAAGGCAAAAUGCCAAGGACCAAAUUGCCGAUCGCAUAAAGGAAUAGCAUAGUAUUUUAUAUAAUGUCUAGCACAGGGUCCAUAAUCCUUUUCUUCUUGGAUGCACUCUAUAUCACAACAGCAGUGAUAUUAUUCCAUGUUUCUAUAUCAUCAAUUUUAUAAAGAAGUCUGAAACAUUCCAAUUAUCCUUUGAUCAAUAAAACUGGCUUAUACAACUCCUGGCAAAGAAAAAAAAAGAAAAAAUAGAGAGCAAAACAUUGCCAGUCAUUAAAAUUAUGUAAUUUAAUUUGUGAAACUUCCAUGUUAUGAAGCCAGAAUGUUCUGCUAUUACACAAACAAUGUUUUGCUAUGUGUAACUGCUAUAAAGUGUAGAAGCAAGCUGACCCUAAUCUAAGUUUGGGGACCCCACAAUCAUUGCCAGAAACGUAGGACAUAUUAUUAGUGAUUUAAAAUAAUACUUUUACAGGUAUAUACUGUAUAUACAAUGUAUAUUAGAGGACACAUAACAUUUCUAUUUACUAUAUUGCUGUACAACAAUAUACUUAAUAUGUCAUAGAGGUAAGAAUUUAAGGUUAUACAUUCCCACAAGAAAAACAAAACACAUUUUUUGCAAGAAAUGUAAUUCGGAAUUGCUCUCUAUCCAGUAUAAAAUGAUCACGUUUUACAUUUAAUUUUAUCAGACUAAUGUCUCUAUAACAGGGUUACCUUUAGGCACUGAAUGAGGCCUGUAGCACAGCAGAAAUCCUAACUGGGUAAGGGUUCCCUUACACAUAAGAUGAAGCCAAACCCGACAAUUUAGGCAGAACCAGACCAGCCAACUGUGUAUAUCAAUGUCCUGACUAUCCCCCAAUGGCAGAUAUGAGGCAAAUGAAGUGCUGGGAAUGUUGGUUUUCAAUAGGCCAAAUCCUUUGUUCUCACAGGACAUAAGCUACUACCAGAGAAGGCUUGUUCCUCUCCCCCAAUUGCAUCAUACACAUACAUGUUUGACAUGUGGCCUGCAUAGGAAAAGUGAAGAAAGCCACUGCCAUAUUGCUCCUCUGGUGGCUUAUCUCCUUCAGUACAAAAGAUUAAAGUUGCUGUAAUCCAACUGCCUGAGCCUUCCCUCCCCCAGCAUGUGCCAUUUGGGAAUCGGGGAGGCAUCCACACACAUUAAAUAGUCAACAGGUCACGCCGAUAUUGUUGGAUUCAGCCACCAUGCAUCUAAUUUGUAUGGCCAACUUAAGUAAGCACUGCUGCUUGGGCCAGCAGUCAUUUUCUCAAUAUAACAUUAUGAAACUCCCAUAGUGAGAAAGUGACUUCCAGUCCACACAGCAUCUGAAAUGUAAAUCAACUGGUCAGUUUAGAGCAACUGGAACCAGUGCUGGUAAAUUACUGGGAAAACAGAGCCGCCUGGUAAGAAGGCAAGCUGGUUGACCAUGUAUCCUCACCGCUCUGAUGCAGGAGGUGAAAUUUUUUUUCUUAAGUGCUUUUUUAAAAGGUGCUUAAAGGGGUACUCCGCUGCUCAGCAUUUGGAACAAACUGUUCCAUACGCUGGAGCUGCUGCUGGGAGCUUGUGAUGUCACACCCCACCCCUUGUGAUGUAACACCCCGCCCCCUCAAUGCAAGUCUAUGGGAGGGGGCGUGACAGCCGCCACACACCCUCCCAUAGACUUGCAUUUAGGGUGUGUGGCAUGUCAUCAUAAGGGGGCGGGGCUAUGAUGUCACAAGCUCCCUGCGCCGGCUCCAGCGUUCGGAACAUUUUGUUCCAAAUGCUGAGCAGCGGAGUACCCCUUUAAGGUUUAUGGGCACCUUAACACCCAUCCCAUCAGUUGCAUGUAAAAUUUCAUGUCUGGGAAAUGAUUUCUUAUUUGUUAUCCUGUCCCACAAUGCACACACUUCUGCAGCAGUAUGCAACACAACACAACACAUGGCAAAAAAAAAAGAUAUUUACAAUAUAUAAAAUGCAAAUUAUGUUACCUUCCUAGGGGAUGGCUACCCACGACAUUCUAAUAUUGUAUAUUAUUACUUUACCAUUUACAACCCCUUUAAACAAUCAAGUGAAGAUCACAAAAUGUCAAAGCAAAUCCUUUGCCACUAGAUAUUUCUAUUUCUAUGAAGUGCGCGUCUGUUGACCUAAUAUCAACAGAGAUUCCUUUUUCAUAUAUAUAGGGUUUGUAUAUAUUUUGAUAAUUUCUUGCAUUCAUAGCUUAAAAAAUAAAAUUUCUGUAAAAAAAAAAAAAAAAAAAAACGUUUAAGGGGACAAAGGUUAUUCUUGUGUAAAGUAAUAUAAAAUGGGUUUUGAAUCUGUAGGUCUUUUAAAUAUAAUAUACACAAUUAGCAGGAAAUUCCUAGAAUUUGAAAGCUCUAAAGCUAUGUGUGGUCCUUACAAAUAUUAAUGUACAUAUAAUAUAUGUGUGUGUAUGUAUAUUUGUAUGUCCGGUGUGCAUAUAUGUACAUUGAGAUGUUCGAUGUUAUCACUUAUAUUUCCUGUGUGUGUUAAUGGUCACUUACUAUGACUUACAGAAAUGGAUAACUGUUUCAUACAUGCAUGCUUCUGUUUCACAUUGAUGCCAAGCUUCCCAUGUCAUAGGACUGGGAACGGCCAACCUUGACCGGUCAUUGAAGCCCUAUGGCUUCGGUAGGAGAUAAAGCCAUAAAGCCAUUACUUGAUGUCUUGUAAGGUCUGUUUGGUAUAUAUGUUCAUUCUGUUAUGCACAUGACUAUAUAGAAUUCAACCAACUCCACUAUAGAGGUUCUGUUAGGGACAAAUCUAAAAAAAAAAGCUAUCAAAAUUGUCUAAAA